CGGAACCGGAUUGUGUCUGAUCCCACGUGAGUCAGAUCAGCUGCUUCCUCCUCCGCCCCCGUGCGAGCAGCCGGCCCGGCUCCGUCCGGCCCCACCGCACCCGGCUGGGAGGGGAGCGGGGACCCCACUGCACCCUCCGGAUCUGUGGGGGGACCCAGGAGCCGAGGUACUGAUUUGGCUGGAGGGGUCUUUUAAAAGUAGUUAAUCGGCUGGUCAGAAGGAAAAGAUUCCCAGGCACCGCUACAGGCCGGGGACCGACUGGCUCGGCAGCCGUUCUGCAGAAAAGGACCUAGGGGUUACAGCGGACGGGAAGCUGGAUACGCUCUGCCGCCGGCAAUGGAGCGGGACUGGUGGAAGAGGCUCUUGUCGUAUACGAAGGCGAACGUGACUCUGGAUCCAGACACGGCCCAUCCCCUCCUCGUCGUGUCUGAGGACGGGAGAAGCGUGAGACGAGCAGACGCGUGGCAGGACUUGCCUGACAGGCCGGAGAGAUUCGACACGUGUCACUGCGUGCUGGGCGCUGAGGGGUUCACCUCGGGGCGACGUUACUGGGAGGUGGAGGUGGGGAAUGGGAGGUACUGGGCUGUGGGGGUGGCCAGAGAGUCUGUGAGGAGGAAGGGCCGGAUCAGCCCUAGCCCUGAGGAGGGGAUCUGGGCCAUGGGGAUACAGGGGCGUAAGGGGCAGUUUAAUGUGUACCAUGGUUUCUCCACCCCUGGCAUCCAUCUGAUCUCGAGUGAGAGCGUACAGAGAAUAGGGGUUUCCCUAGAUUAUGAAUUGGGGCAGGUGGCAUUUCUGGACGCUGAUUGGAAGUCCCUGUUGUUCUCCCUCCCUCCGGCCUCUUUCCAUGGGGAGAGGAUCCUCCCUUACUUCUGGGUGCGAGGAUCCCCGCUCGGCCUGUGUUCCUGAGACAAGGGGGUGGGGAGACGGGGAGCGGCCCCCCGGGAAUGAGAAAACGGGUUCCUCUAGCCGCCAACAUCCCAACCCCCGUGGCCCCGGAGGGCUCCCGUCUCUCCGGGCCCCUGGGCCGCUGCUCUCCCCGGAGCAGCAAUGCUCAGCGUGCCCGUAAGGAGCCGGCUGGGGCCUGGCCAGACGAUCUCAUCGCAGCGGGUGUCCCCCGGCCCGUUUCUCACGGCGCUCGGUGCCUCUGCAGGCUGCCCAGGCUAGGAACCAGCACCCCCGUCGGUCCAGCGCCGCCCAGGAGCGGCCACACCCGGCACGGGGCCCCCCUGAAAUCUUUGGGCCACGGAGCCCCUGGCUGGGUGACUUCUGCGGGGGGGGAGUUUGGGGGUUGGAGGCGGAGUUUUGUCGGGGGCUGCCGGAGGGGCAGCUGCUGGGUUUCUGUGAUGGGGUUUUCCAAUGCACCCAAAUCCCCUUGUAAUUCCCUGCGUGGGGUCCCGCCCUGCGGCUCUGCUGGAAAUCCCAGCUGUGCAGUGUGAGCUCUUCUCCGCGCUCAGAGCCAGCUGGAUAACGAUCGCGCCGUACGACGCCCUUGGGGUUUAUGUCAUUGGCGGCUGGCUCGUUAACCGCCCGCUCGCUCACGGGACCCUCCUUGCCAUGGGGCUUCCUGGGGCUGGAGGCCCACGGUUUAGCCGAUGCCUUUUCAGUGGCAAUGGGCCCUUGUGCCUGGCUCCUAACCACCCCGCGGCAUCUCCAGGGGAAAGGGGGGCCUGGUUCUUAGCCACACAGACGCCUCUGCCGCCAGUCGGGCAGCGCAAAGGGGCCUGUACUGCAUCACUGUGUGUGUCACCGUAGCGUGUAGGAGUCCAAGUUACGGACCGGGACCUGUUGUGCUAGGAGCUGCACAAACCCAGCAAGAAAAGAUGUCGCUGCACCUGGCAGCUUCCGGUGCAAGCCAGGCGCCCAGAGCUGGAGACAGGCAGAGGGGGAAGGGGACAUUUCUCACCUCAAACCGCCUCCCAAUAUCUAUAACGCAGCCCAGCGUCAAACACUCUGCCGCCUCCGCCGUGCUCCUGGACGCUCUGCUGUGCUCCGGGGUCGGCGUGGCUAACGGCGAGUGUGUUUGGUUUCUAUAGACUGUUUUGACAGGGAACAGCAACGUUCAUUUUUAAGCCGUUUUCUGUUUGAUCUGUUUACACGUUCGGUGUUUUGCCCACUUGUGGGUUUCGAGCAUUGUCGGCUUUUCUCUAGGGCAGCAGAGAAGGGCUGGUCUGACCAUCGAUGUUUCCAGAGAGAUGCUGACAAGCGAAAAAGUGGAGGCUUUAAAACCUUCCUACACAAUUGUAUGUUCUGUGCUGGGCUGUUGACAAAGUGAAUCGUUUUUAAAAUCAAACUUUUAACUUCUCAGCA